AUGGCGACCCCAAUGAGUACCAAUGGAGAGCGAAAGCCGAAUGCUGAGCCUGUGGCGAUCGCAGGCAUGGGCUGUCGGUGGCCCGGUGGCGUGGACUCGCCCCGCCAGAUGUGGUCUUUCUUGCGAAACAGCGGCUAUGGCUUCCGCUCCUUUGAUUCCGCGUCCACGCCGCGAUCCUUUUCGGCCGCGGGGUUCCAUCACCCUAAUUCAGUGCGGCCUGGCACUACCGCUGCGCAGGGCGGAUUCCUGGUUGAUGGCGACCCGCGGCUGUUCGACAACUCCUUCUUCGGCAUCACAGGGCGCGAAGCCGAGACGUUCGACCCGUCGCAGCGUAAGCUGCUCGAGGUUGUGUACGAGGCAUUUGAAAACGCCGGCGAGACAUGGUCUUCCGUCGCUGGGUCGAACACGGGUGUUUUCGUUGGAAACUUUGUGUUAGACCAUUGGGUGAUUCAGGCGCGCGACUGGGAUUAUGCCAAGUCUUAUUCGGCUUCAGGGGCAAGUCCGAGUAUAUUGGCAAAUCGAAUCAGCCAUAUAUUUGAUCUUCAUGGACCGAGCGUUACUGUUGACACAGCUUGUUCUUCGUCCAUGUACGCCUUGCAUCUAGCUGUUAGUGCAAUCCGUAAUGGGGAUUGUGAUUCGGCUAUCGUAGCAGCGUCGAAUUGGAUCGCGGAUCCCACCCUACACCUCGCCCUCGAUAAACUUGGAGUUCUCUCCCCUAACUCGAGAUGUCGUACAUUUGACGCAUCAGCCGAUGGAUAUGCGCGCGGUGAAGGGUUCGCAGCGCUUUACCUUAAGCGUCUAUCAAAGGCGGUUGCUAGCGAGUCGCCUAUUCGCGCCGUGAUCAGGGGCACUGCUGUGAAUGCUAACGGCCGCACUAGUGGGAUCACGCGCCCCAGUGCUGCUGGACAGGAGGCUGUUAUACGCAAGGCGUAUAGUAGCGCCGGGCUCCCGUUUUCGGACACCACGUACGUCGAGUGCCAUGGUACGGGUACACAAGUAGGGGAUCCUAUUGAGCUGGAAGCUAUCAGCCAGGUCUUCUCUUCCGAGAGGGAACCACAGGCAGACACCCCUGGGCCUCUAUUCGUCGGCAGUGUUAAAACUAACAUGGGCCAUACCGAAGCGGCCAGUGCUCUUGCCGCCGUCAUGAAGAUAGUGCUCUCCUUAGAAGCAGGCGAAAUCCCUCCAAGUAUCGGCGUCAAAGUAUUAAACCCGAAUAUCGAUUUUACGACAGCCAGAGUAGAUGUCGUCCGCGAAGUCAUGCCCUGGCCCGAACACAGGCCUCGCAGGGCUAGCAUCAAUUCGUUCGGUUUUGGGGGGGCCAAUGCCCACUGCAUUAUUGACCACGUUAGCCUCCUCUCUUUCGAUCAGGUAGGCCCCAGCAUCCGCAUGGGCUUGGAUUUCAAACCGAACGGGCACUCCCUCAACGGAAACUCUCUCGAUAAACCCGUGAAUGGCAAUAAUGCUGUCAAAACGGUUCAUCACAUUAACGGAUCUGCCAGUAACGGUCAUAAUAAGAACGGAAAUGGAGUACAGAAACGGCAAAAGCGAACCCAUGACCCUGUUACCAACACCCCGAGCAUGAUAGGAACGACCAGUGCAACCACUCGAGAACUUGUGCUGCUCCCUUUCUCGGCGCAUAACGAGUCCUCACUCAAGCUGAACAUCGACGCUCUUCUACUUGAUAUAUAUCAACACCAACUCGCCGACGUAGCUUACACACUUAGCGCGAAACGCUCCAACUUACCGUAUAGGGCCGUCCGUAUUGUGAGCAGAGAACGCCUCGCGCCAGGAUUAUUGAACGGAGAUAGCAAGACGGACGUUCACACGAGUUCAUCUCAUCGGCAGUCUCAGAACCCCGCCAAUGUGGCCUUCGUAUUUACCGGCCAAGGUGCUCAAUGGCACAAGAUGGGUUCGCAACUCUUCGAGUACGGCGUAUUCCGCGCCGCCAUUGAGCAUCUCGAUGACGUUCUGAGAUCCUUACCGACACCCCUGUCUGCAUGGUCGAUUGCAGAUGUACUCAAGGGGAACUGCGGACCAGCCAUUAUCCAGAUACCCAGCGUGUCCCAGACCGUGUGCACAGCUGUCCAGAUCGGCCUAGUCGACCUGCUCGCCUCCUGGUCUGUGCGCCCCGUCGCCGUGGCUGGCCAUUCCUCGGGCGAGAUAGCCGCCGCUUAUGCCUCGGGACACGCUACGGCCGCAGACGCCAUCGUAGCGGCGUAUCUGCGCGGCCAAGCCAUCAUGAAUGGCAAGCUGAAAGGGGCUAUGCUGGCCGUAGGCGUGGGGCCAGACGAGCUUCGGGAUUCGGGAUAUCUCCCCGACGGAGAUGACGAAAACGAUCGAAUCCAGAUUGCUGCUAUCAAUUCCCCCGGAAGCAUCACUCUGUCUGGAGAUGCGCUGGCUGUCGAGAAGCUAGCUAUGCGCUUGAGCAGCGACGGGAUUUUCAAUCGCGUCUUGAGAACCGGUGGUAUGGCGUACCAUUCGCAUCACAUGACUGUACUAGGUCAGGAAUACGAAGAGAUGCUUUUCAGCGGUUUCAUACACGUACGGAAUAUUGGAUUAGUCGACGAAGCAAAACGGUAUCCUCGUGUUCCGUGGGUGUCAUCCGUUACCCCUGACAAGAAUCCACCGUCGAGUAUCUUAGAUAGUGCUGCGUACUGGCGAGCCAAUCUCGAGUCCCCAGUCCGCUUUUCCCAAGCUAUUUCAAAUCUGGUCCGACUAGACGGAAAUUCUAUGCCUGGUUCUGAUCCCAUCAAAGCGCUGAUCGAGAUUGGACCCCAUUCGGCAUUAAAAGGACCGCUGGAGCAGAUCUUGAAGAGUAUGGGCCAAACCCAGAUUGCAUACGCAGGUUCGGCUUUGAAGAGGGGUGAAGACGCUCGUAAAUCAAUACUGCAGCUGGUCGGGGGACUCUAUUGUUUGAACGCCAAGGUUGACUUGGUUGCUGUCAAUGCAGUCGACGGCGACAACGAAAGCAAGUCUGCUCUUGUACAUGGGCGUACGGCUAUCGAUCUUCCACCCUAUCAGUAUGCGUAUGGACCAAUAAACUACUACGAAAGCCGUGCAAGCAAAGACUACCGCCUCCGAAAAGUCCCGCGACACGACCUGCUCGGCUCCAAGGUCCCUGGAGUUGCCAAAUUAAGACCCCAGUGGCGAAAUGUGUUACGUAUCAAGGACCUACCUUGGCUAGGUGAUCAUCGAUUAUUACCAGACGCCGUUUUCCCUGCUGCCGGGUAUAUCGCCAUGGCCAUAGAGGCCGCACUACGUAUUUACGAGGAAUCUCCUGAGCCUGGUCCGAAACCGACAGGUUACGCGCUACGCAACGUGUCUAUCAACACGGCGUUAAGGCUACCGGAAGAUGACCAAGGCGUCGAAGUCAUGUUGAGUAUGGAGCUCGGCGCUACCUCAACGGCAUCGGCUUCAUGGGCAAGCUUCUCUAUUAGUUCGGCCGGCCGGACUGAUGUCAAUUCUGCUGAUAGCGUGUGGAUCGAACACUGUACUGGAAUUGUGAAGAUUGAAACCGGAACUUCAUACGAUAAGCCCGAGAAGAUUGAUGUGGAGUCCAUGGACACCCGUGUAAGUGAUGCACGGUCGUGGUAUAAAACCUUCGGGGCAAUAGGGCUCGGGUACGGUCCGACAUUUCGGCCACUCACCAAUAUCAGCGCCGAUCCGGACAAGAAGCUUGCCUCUGCGACCGUAGCACUGAAAACAACAGCAGGUACGGUCAAGGGCGGCGAGUCUAGAUACGCACUCCACCCAGCAGCCCUUGAUGGCACCUUUCAGCUGGGUCUCAUUUCCUGCUACGGGGGCUGUGUCGAAACUACUACAACUGCUUUCAUACCAGUUCACUUUUCUCGGCUCUAUAUCAAGAAUCGCAUCGACGAUGAAGGCAGUGACACCGCUAUUGCCGUUGCACGGGGUGAAUUCCGCGGUCUCAGGGGCGCGUGCGUGAACCAGUUGCAGAUGCUAGACCUAAACGGCGACGUGAUUCUCGACAUCGAGAAACUACGAUGCAUCAGCUAUACCAGCGAGACGCAAGUGGGCGGCGGCAAAAAUAGCCAUGGUGCACAGCGCGCAUUUAGUACCCCCUUUGCGCGUAUGGUAUGGAAACCCGAUUUCCGCUCCGUAAACUAUCAGUCGUGUCGUACGCUGUUCCCUCCGCCUAGGGAAAAUGUGGACCGGAUCGUAUCCAUCGAGAAGGUGAACACGAUGGCUUAUUAUAUCCUUGCGGACGUGUAUGAGACGUUUGCGAAGAGUAAUGACGGGGCCAACGGAGUCCCUACACCAUCGGGGAAUAUUGGUCACUAUUUUGCGUGGAUUAAGCGGCGUGCCGAAGACGCUGAACUUACAUCUGAGAUAGCGAAGGCUAGACAGGUGUCUUCCCAGGAGCGGCAUGAAAUAAUUAACCAGCUCCACCUCGAGACUAAGGAGAUCACAGAGUCCCAGAUACUUAAACGAUUACACGACAACAUGGCCGAUAUCCUCUAUGAACGCCAGACGGGUAUUGACGUCUUAAUUCACGAUGAUGACCAUAUUAAUCUUCUGUCGGCGGCAUACAAGCGCGGGAUAUUUAUGACAAGCGCAUACCCACAGCUCUCGCGAGUCUUGGAUGGUUUGGCUCACGCGAACCCACACCUGCGCAUCCUGGAGGUCGGUGCCGGAACAGGUGGUGCCACGCGUGUUGCUAUGAAGGCGCUUACGGGUCCUAACGGUAUUAAGCGGUACCGCGAGUAUGUCUUCACCGAUGUCUCGACGGGUUUCUUCGCCGCGGCACAAGGGUUUAUGGCUGGUUUCCGCGACAUCACUUACUCUAUCCUGGACGUUAGUACGGAUCCCGCCACGCAGGGCUACCAGCCUCUGUACGAUGUCGUCUUAGCUUCACAGGUGUUGCAUGCCACUGCCAACAUUUUUGAGACGCUUAAGAAUUGCCGUAAACUUCUCAAGCCGGGAGGAAAGCUUGUUUUGCUGGAGUCGACCAAGACAGAUAGCGUGGCCAUUGGGCUUUUCACGGGUGUACUGACUGGGUUUUGGGACGGAGUAUCCGAUGGUAGGAUUAACGGUGCCUUUGUGAGCUUGGAAACGUGGGAUAAGGCCCUCAAAGAGACGGGGUUCUCCGGUACUGAACUGGUGCUGGAUGACUACCCUCGCCCAAAUAAUUCGAUCAGCACCGUGGUCUCCACGGCUGUAGAAAGCGAUGGCGAAGAGAAAAAGGACGAAAAGAAAAACAGAAACUCGGCAGGUGUCAAGGUCACACUGCUCCAUAGCCUCGAGCAUGAUCCGUUGCUUCUUAGCACGCUGUGCCAGAAUUUAGAGCAACUUGGGAUACUACCUCAAAUUGCGCAGAUCGACCAAGCGCCGGAUGUGGUAUCACCGGACUCUCACGUGGUACUCUUCUUAGACGGCGAGAAGGACCUUCUUCUCGACACCGAAGGGAGUCGACUUGCCGCGUUUCAGCAUCUUGCACGGAAUGCAACGACCCUGAUCUGUUUGACUUUCUGCGGAUUUUCAAAAGGUCAGAACCCAGAAGGAGCAUUAAUACCUGGACUGCUACGAACAAUUGGGACGGAGAACCCAGCGGGGAGGUUUGUAUCGAUCGAUAUUCCCGUCGAGGAUCUCGACCCUGCGCGGUAUGAAUCUGAGGAUCUCGCCCGCUGCGUUGCGAACCAACUUUUCCCGCCGCCAGAUGUAUCCGAGGGUGACGAAGAGAGCGAGAGCCCUCGGGUAAAUGACUACGAAUAUGUCUGGCAGGAUGGCUGUCUAUGGGUUAGCCGGGCUGUACCUGAUGAUACUCUCCAUUCGUACGCCGAAAUACUUCCUAGGAAUAAUCCGGAACGCCACGGCGAUGACCUGUCGCUGCACCCACUGGAGAGCCAAGGUCCUAUCUGCGCAGCAUUUUCCAAACCCGGCCUACUCAGCUCUCUUUACUUUAAGCCCUACGCAGAAUUAUCAGACCCGAUACCCUCAAACUACAUCGACGUCAAAGUAGCGGCGGUGGGUGUAAACUGGAAAGACUUGGCCGUCUCGUCAGGCCGCUUCGACGCCAACAAUCUGUCAUCCGAAUACGCUGGCACUGUGACAGCCGUUGGUACGGAUGCGGCCGAUUUAUUCCGCGUCGGUGACCGCGUGUAUGGCAUGGGCCGCGGCCAAUUCGGGAAUUACACGCGUGUCCCUGCCGCUUUUGCGCAGAAGUUGGAUGCGCAAGACGACUUGACCGAAGCCGCGACCAUGCCCUUGGUGUACAUGACGGCCGUAUACGCGUUCGACCACCUUGCUCGCCUGGGGAGAGGACACAGGGUCCUUAUCCAGUCCGCCAGCGGCGGCCUCGGGCUCGCAGCCAUUCAGCUUGCGCAGGCAAAGGGUGCCGAGGUCUUUGCCAUGGUGGGUGCUCCUGAAAAGGCGGAUUUCUUAAUCCACGAAAUGAACCUGCCACAAUCGCAUGUCAUUACCGUCUCAUCGAGAGACGGCACGUUGGCCCUAGACAAAAAGCUUCUUCGUUUGACACCCGACGGCCGUGGCUUCGAUGCUAUACUUAGCACGGGUCGGGGAGACAUACUUCGUGCGUCCGUCCAGGCGCUGGCGCCUCUGGGCCAUCUAGUUGAUGUUGGACGUACCGAUGUGCAGGAUUCCAAGGAUCUAGGGAUGGAUCUGUUUGCCAAGGGUUGCAAUUUCUCCUCGUUUGACCUAUCGCUUAUCCUCGAUGCUGAUCCCGCGCUCAGCGGCGAGUUAAUGCGAGCCGUCCAUGCCUAUUAUCGGGAUGGCCUCAUCGGGCCGGUUCGCCCAUUCUCAGCUACCGAUAUAUCCAAACUGGACCAGGUCUUGCUAAAGUUCUCUAAGGGCAAACAUGUCGGUAAGCUGGUAGUAACAUACCAGGACCCGCAGGCAUUAGUGAAAAUGCUCCCAGCACCGUCCCAACCACGUGUCAGGUUCGACCCUAAGGCAUAUCACAUCGUGGUCGGGGGACUAGGUGGUUUGGGUAGGUCGAUUAUUAGGUGGAUGUGCCAGCGGGGAGCCCGAAAUCUAGUAGUCGUGACGAGGCGCGGGAUCGAGGAAAUCUCCUCGGCAGCUCGGAAUCUUAUAAGCACGCUCACCGAGCGUGGUAUUAGUAUCCAGCCGUUGGCCUGCGAUAUUAGCGACAAGUCCCAGGUAACACGCCUCAUAGAGCACAUCGCAUCCGUCUCACCCGGCAUCCCGCUCAAAGGUAUUAUCCACGCCGCGGUAUCCUACCUCGAUAUCUCCUUCGAUAAAAUAACAGCCCAGCGAUGGCGCGACAGCCUCGCCGCCAAGGUCCAGGGGACCAAAAACUUGCACGAAAUCACCUUGUCCCUCCCCCCCGGACAACUGGACUUUUUCGUCAUGGUUACCUCGCUAGAGUCUAUCUGCGCAUUAGCCACGCAGAGCGCGUACACGGCCGCCAACGCAUUCCAGGACGCGUUUGCGAGGUACCGCCGGCGACUCGGGCUGCCCGCAACAAGUAUUUCGCUAGGAUUCGUCAAGGGUAUCGGCGAGCUGGGUCAAGACCCGAUCACGGUGGACAUGUUUGCACGGAACAAGGUGCUUACGCUUUCCGAAGCGGAGUUCCUUGCCUGUCUAGAGCCGGCGUUCCUGAAAGACGGCAUAGCGAGAAAUGAAAACGCAAGCGAUGGAGAGAGUUGGGUUGGCCAAACAGAGGACCCUCUUUCUGCCUCGAAUAUCCUUACUUGCCUGGAUCCAGCUGCGAUGGCGGCUAUGGAGCGCGAGCAAGAGGAGGAGAGCGCAGGCCGUGCGGUCAGGAAUAGCACGCCUCGUUGGUACGAGGAUGGACGCGUCUCGCUUAUAAUCCGUGCAUUCGAAGACGCGCGACGAGACCUACGCACGGGCAACUCCUUAGACGCAGCCGCUGCAGCGGCUCAGGACGGCGAAGACGACAGCACGGGCAAACUAUCGGUGGGGUGGGUGCGGCGACAAUUCGACGCGGGCAUCUCCGGAGGAGGAGCCUCCCAGCGCUCGGAAACGGCCAAGUUCGUGGUAGAGGCCAUCUCGACGACGGUGGCGGAGAUGCUGUUCGUGGACAUCUCGAACAUCCACCCGGCGAAGCCCGUGGCCGAGCACGGCGUCGACAGCCUGAUCGCGGCGGAACUGCGGAACUGGUUCCACCAGGCGCUCGGGGCCAAGAUCAGCAUGCAGGAGCUGCUGGAUAUGAAGACGAGCAUCGAGGCGCUGGCGGGUGGGAUCGUGGAUGCUGCGUUGGCGAAGAGGCAGGGGAAGUGA